AUGACGGACCAGGACGUGGAUAGAGCUGCCAUGACGGCAGCAGAGGUUGAGAGCACCCCAGCCGUUGCCACCUCACCUUCAGCUGGCGCUGGUGAGGCAACUCACAAACGGCCAGCCGAAGACAACGGUCCUGUCUCUCCUCGCAAAAAGGCCAAGAAUGACGAAUCGGAGGGGGAGAUAUCUGAUGGCGUCGAUGAGGGAGAGGUUGAAUCCGAUGCAGACUCAAAGGCAAGCGCUUCAAAACAACAGGUUGGCCAGAUCUCAGGCUGGAACAGCGGCGUCACCAGUCAGCUGCGCACCUCUUUUGGAUCUUCGGCCAAGUUGAAAGCCCCUAAGCUCACACCUAAGCUCACACCUACUGCUGUGAAAUCGCCUCCUGCACCUCCAGAGUCAUUGGCCCCAGAGAUCCUCAGCGAGCUAGUUGCCGCUGUUAAGGCGGGUGAGACGACCACCCUCCCGCCAGUUGAGGAGCGAGAGCUAUUUUGGGCAGUACCCACGUUCAAAGCGGACUUCGAAGGAGCAACUUGGGCUGAGAUAUUCAAAUCGAUGUUUGCUCAAUGGUCUACAGACUUUGUCACUCAGAACAAGGGAAACGUCGACCAGGCUGGGCUUGAGCCCAUAUUCCUGAAGGACUUGUACCUUCGAACACUCGAGGAAUCAGUACCUGGAGUCAAUCCAGAGCUGGUUUCGUUCUCUCACGGUCAAUUAAGACGUACUUCCAAACGUAGCCCAUUGAGACAGGUUGCAAAAGGGUGGAUCAAGGAUCCAGCCAAACCAGGAAAACGUGCAAAGAAAGAGGCCAAGGAACGGGCCAAAGAGACGGUUCCGCAAGAAUCCAAGCAAGAAUCUGAGCCUCCGAAGCAGCCGCCCACAAGACAGACGAGAAGCUCUUCCAGAAUGGCGGAAACGCAGGUCAGUGACGUGAGCGACCCGGCAGUCUCUGCCGAUCUGGAACCUUCUGCAACAUCCUCCUCGGGUCCUCAUCUUCCUGAUCUUCGUUUGCCUCCGCUAGCCGAGCUUGCUUCUCAAGAAUCGCCUGCUGUCACUAACGGGGAUUCUCCAAUGGACGAGAUUAACGAUGAAAACGACAAGGAACGGAAGCUCAGUAUUAUGGACCUAGAUGAAACGAAGGCUGGCAACGACACAUCGCCCCAUUUGCCGACAGAAGCUGAGCUUGAGCAGCUACAUCGCUACUUUCCAGGAGUUCCCGAUGAUGCUGUUUUCUGCCUCACCUGCGCUUCCUACGGCCACAACACACCUAAUUGUCCUGAGACAACCUGCAAGUUCUGCCAGCAAGGGCAUUUUUCUUAUUCGUGUCCAUCUCGACAGAGAUGUGCAAAGUGCAAGCAGCUUGGCCACACCAAGGGCUCUUGCAAGGAGAAACUUGCAGUGGCUGCAGGCGAAGGGUUCAUGGAAUGUGCCUUUUGCCAAGCUCAGGACCACCAGGAAGAGGGCUGUACCGAGAUCUGGGAAACAUACCGACCGCAGGUAGGCCAUAUCAAACAGGUGAGGUCAGUGCCUAUCUUUUGCUAUUGUUGCGGCGCGGAGGGUCAUUUCGGCACGGACUGCGGCCUGGCCGAUCCCAAGAUACCUCCAAGCGCGACGUGGAGCAAUGCAGGAGCGUCUUUAUACGUCGAUCCCUCGAGUUCAGAGGAAGCCAUCGCGUUCCAAAAUGUCCUGCCGCAAGCCCAGACAAUCUCGGCGCCAGUCAUCCCAGGACGGAGUAUCAAGCCACAAUCGCAUAUCAUAUUCGAGGACAGUGGCGACGAGGACCACGGCAACCAAGAAUUUCUGAGGGCACCAGCUGCGGGACCCCGACGCCCAGGACAGAUUCAGAUAACGUCGAACAUCAAUUUUGGCGCCCCGGCCCCUCCUCCCGCUCAGAAUGGCAGUGUUGCUCAGCAGGGCAUAACAAAUUCGAAGCAGCGGCGAAAGCAGCGCGCGGCAAAUGUGCCAGCUUCUUUGCCUCCCAAGCCACAGGUAGCCGCACCUGCUCCUGCCCCCCAAGCUUCCAAGAAGGGCAAGAGAGCCAACAACAAGAAAGGUGGAAAGAAUCCUCAGCAGCAGCAGCAACAACAGCCUCCAUUGCCACCUGGCCCACCACCUGGGCGCAACGGCUGGCGUCCCCCAGAGUUUCAGGGACGAAGUGCUCCUAGCACGCGGGGUCGCGGGGGCUUUAGCAACCUGAGUAGAGGCGGCGGCGGCGGUCGCCGUAGCGGUGGACGGAACUGA